AUGUUCAAAUUUCUAGAGCGAAUAUUAUACGACAACACGAUAGAAGAAGAAUACCACCGUAAGCUACGACAGAAGUCUUCUUCAAACUCUGCUAUUAUAGUUGGGUUGGUUGCAGCUAUGGGUGGUUUCCUUUACGGGUACGACACAGGAUUAAUUAAUGGGUUAUUAGAAAUGCCCUAUGUUUAUGAAAACUUUGCCUCGGAUGGCCUAACAUUUACCACACACGAAAGAGCAUUAACAGUGGCUAUGUUAUCCUUAGGUACCUUUGUAGGAGCAUUGAUUGCUCCCUUGAUUUCCGAUAAUUACGGUAGAAAAUUUUCCAUUAUUUUGUCAUCUACAUUAGUUUUCAAUGUGGGUAAUGUUUUACAAAUUGCAUCAACUGAGUUACCAUUGUUGGCUGCUGGCAGAUUCAUCUCAGGUAUAUCAGUCGGUAUACUAUCGGCUAUUGUACCGUUGUACCAAGCCGAAGCUUCUCCAAAAUGGGUUAGAGGUUCCAUUGUUUUCACGUAUCAAUGGGCCAUCACCUGGGGAUUAUUGAUAGCCAGUGCCGUAUGCCAAGGUACAAGAAAAAUGAAUAACUCUGGAAGUUAUAGAAUCCCUAUUGGGUUACAAUUUUUAUGGGCAUUAAUAUUAUGUACGGGGAUGUUAUUCUUACCAGAAUCACCAAGAUACUAUGUCCAAAAAAACAAUAUACAGAAAGCAUUAGAUGCAUUAUCAAAAUUACGACGGUUGAGACCCGAUGAUGCCGAUUUAAUUGAAGAAUUAGUUGAAAUUAAAGCCAAUUAUGAUUAUGAAUUAUCAUUUGGAAAAACCACCAUACUAGACUGUUUUAGAUCUGGUGGUGGUAGACACAAACAAAAACUAAGAAUGCUUACCGGUAUUGGAGUUCAAUUUUUCCAGCAAUGUUCGGGAAUCAACUUUAUUUUUUACUAUGGGGUAAAUUUCUUUUUGAAUACUGGAGUUCAGAAUUCUUAUAUCAUGUCGUUCAUAACAUACCUUGUAAAUAUGAUUUUCACUAUUCCAGGGAUUAUUCUUAUUGAUACAAUUGGUAGAAGAAAAUUAUUAUUAUGGGGAGGUGUCGGUAUGGCAGUUUCAAAUUUCAUAAUUGCCAUAUGUGGAGUGAGUAUCAGCCAAACUGAAAUAAACUCAAUUCUCAGUGUUUCAUUUUCUUGUGUUUUCAUUUUGUUUUUUGCAGGUUCCUGGGGUGGUUGUACUUGGGCAUUAUGUUCUGAUAUUUACAGUAUUUCCAUUAGACAAAAGGCCGUGGCUAUAACAGCAGCUACUAAUUGGUUAGUUAACUUUAUUUUCGCCUAUAUCACCCCAUACUUGAUUGAUACGGGAUUGCAUACUGCUGCAAUUGGCAACAAGAUUUUUUUCAUGUGGGGAGGAUUCAAUGCCUUAGCAGUUGUAUUUGUUUAUUUCACUGUUUAUGAAACCAAGGGGUUGAAGUUGGAAGAAGUUGAUUACAUGUAUGCUCAUUGUACUACGGCGAUGUCAUCUCCUAAGUUUAUAUCAACCAAGAUUGACUAUGCCAGAUUAGAUGAGAAUUAUAACCCAAUCGUGGAAGAAUCAUCAUCUUCCCCAAGUGAUGUAUCCCACCAAAUAAUUGUGGAGAAAGACACUACACCAGAACAUCAUAUCACUGAACCAUUAUAUACAAGCAAACAAGAAAACGACUUGAUGAUUAUUCCUUAUAAUAAUAUAUUAUCUCCGACAUCAACCGCAGAGGGAGAAGAGCUCAGACGAGAAUCAGUUACUUCCCAUCAAUUUUCAAAUACAAAUAUGUCAACCAUAUCACCGUUAACUCAGGGCGAUUCACAUGUUUCCAAUGACUAUCAAAGUUAUUUAGAAUCUUUAAAACGAGAAUAUUCGGGAAUUCAAGCAAUGCCGCCUCAAGAGUUUAGCAGUGAUAGUAGUGUUGACAUGGAUGAUGAAAUUAUAGAGACAAACCAAUCAGGUAUACCAACGACAGUAAUUGCAACUCCAUAUUUCACUCAACCUCCAAGUGAUUCAGAUUCAAGUGAUGAUGAUGAUGAUGAGGAGGACGACGACGACAACGAAGAAGAGCAGGAGCAGAAACAGUCACAAGAAAAGAGACCAUAA